GGAUGUUUCGGGACGCAGACGUGGAACCAGGAACCGAGCAGAACCGAGGUCAACCCUGAGGGGAACGUGGUGCUGGCCUGCAAGGUGUACAACAAGCAGGGCACGUGUUCCUGGCAGAAGGAUGGCAAGCCGCAGGGGAUGUUCGUGGGCAAGUACGAGUGGUCGGGGGACAGGGAGGCCGGCGACUGCUCCAUCAGGAUCCUGGACGCCGGCGAGGUGGACGACGGGGAGUGGGAGUGUCAAGUGACCGCCUCCGCCUUCGCCGCCCACGACGCCCUCACCUCCAGGAUUGCUCAGCUGAUUGUCAGAGUGGCCCCCUUACACCCCAUGCUGGAGGUGGAUUCGCAGCAGGUGACGCCCAUGCAAAACUUUACUGUCGUGGAGAAUCGCCAAGCCAACAUCAAGUGUCUCUCUAGAUACGGAAACCCUCCUGCUGAGAUUAAGUGGUUCAUAGGUGACCAGGAGCUGCCGUCCCACGAGUACGGGCAGACCAACGUGACGGAGGUGGACAAGCAUAAGACGUGGAUGGCCGUGUCAGUGCUGCAACACACCUUCUCCAAGGCCGACCACAACAUGCCCCUGCGCUGCAAGGCCUUUCACCAGGCCUACCAGUCGCGCUCCCAGUCCAUCGAUGUGCUCAUGGAUGUACAAUAUGCUCCCACGGUCACGCUCGAGGGCGCCCCCACCGAGGAUAUCGAAGAGGGUGUGGACGAUGUGCUUCUUCGCUGUCUCGUGGAUUCGAACCCUGGUGCCAAUGUUGUGUGGAAGGUCAACGGACAACCCGACGUGUUCAGCUUCCGCCCCGAGGUCCGCUUCAGCCCCGCCACUCGCAAACACUCGGGCACGUACUCCUGUGAGGCGAGGAACCCAGUGGGCGGAUCCGAACCCAUCUCCGUCAACAUCGAUGUCAAAUACCGCCCCCACGUCAUCCAGGCCGGCCCCGCCCCUGUCGUCACCGCCACCCUCCACAAUCACACGCUGCUGGAGUGCACCGCCGAGGCCAACCCGCCCCCGCGCUACAAGUGGAUCCAGACGAUACCAGACACGCAGGAGGAGAAGAUUCGUGGCCACAACGGAACACUGCUGCUGGAGGACGUCAUGUAUGAGCACCAGGGGGAGUACGUGUGCGUGGCCUCGUCCUUCCUACACGGCCAGGAAGUGGAAGACCGGAGCCAACCCAUCAUCGUUGAGGUCGUAGGUGCUCCCCAGGUGUUGCGGUACACGGUGGAGCGGAACGUGCAGGUUGAGAAGGGCCAGGACGCCGUGAUCCAGAUCGUCUUUUGCUCCGACCCCCGCCCGUCCAGCGCCUCGUGGGAGUGGGGAUCUCUGCGGCUGGAGGCAGGCAACGGCAGGGGGCGCUACGUAGCGGAGAACUUGGCGCAGGACGCGCGCCAGGACUGCUACUCAGCCAGGCUUCGUGUCCAGGGCGCCGACGUGACGGAUUCCCGCGACUACAUCCUCAACGUGCAGAACGAGAAGGGCGCCGAUCGCUACGCCGUGGAGCUGCGCGUCAACGGACAUGUAGCCAAGCCCCCACUACAGCGUGUCCCUCCCUCAGCAGAGCCCGUGUCCAUGUCCACUGUGAUCGGCAUCGUCAUCGCCUGUUUGGUCAUCCUUGUUCUGGUCACUCUCAUCGUCCUCUACGCCUUCAAGACAGAGAAGUGGUGCUUCUCCCAACGAGGUGACUUUAAACCAACUGAUCUGGAGAGCGACAAGAGUGACCUGGAGAGCCACAAGGGGGCGAACGGUAGGCACCAGUACAGUGGUCCGGAGUCUGGAGGGGGUCGGGUGGGGGGAGGCACUGCAGGGAGCCUCCACUCCUCCUCCAUCCCCCCCGACGCCCUCUACACAACCCGGCCUAGGCACACCACUCCCUCUGUGUCCUCUAAACCUGACCAUGAGUAUGAGAACCUGAAGAUAAUGCCAACACAAACGGCAACACCAAGCUCAUGCCAGAUGAGAAGCAGCAGCAACAGCACCAACAGCAGCUGCAGACAGCCGAAAAGAGAUGAGCGCACAACAGCAGCAGGGAACGGUGAAGUGGAGGAGAAGAAGAGGAAGGUGGAGGAGGAGAGUGAGGAGCACGUGGGUAAGGGAGGGGACCAGAAAGACGGCAGCAACACCGGCUACAUGCAGAGCGAUAUGCUCACCUUCAAGAGGCAAGACAUUCCACAAGACGAGGCCAGAGACACUUCCAAGAUCUUCAGCAAGAGUCCUCAGUACGUGCCGGUUUACCGACCCAACCUGGAGCGCGGCACCUCGGCACCACAAGACCGGGGCAAGUCGGGCCCCGGCAGCCACCCGCGGCGGCCCAGCGGCGGCGCCGGCGUGAUCUACGCAGAGUUGCAGCUGCCGCGCGCCUCUAACAACGGCUCGAUGCGGCGCAGCGAGCAACGCCGCCCCAAGACCCAGUACGCGGAGAUCACCUUCCAGGGGCGCCCGCUGCAGACGGCCGAGAUAUGAUCACGCGAGGGUGACGCGCCGCCACCAGCAAGGCUCCAGAGCCACAAGUCGCAGGUCAAGGGGCGGGGUCGCCUGCCAGCUAGACAAACAUGUUAACAUCCUUUUUACUCAGACAAAAUGUGUCUGAGUGCGCAGUUGUAAUGUAAACCCAAAACCAGUUUCUUCUAAAUGUAUGAAGAUUUUUUUACAUAUAACAACUUCAGCUUACUUGUGAAACUUUGAUCAGGUCUCUGUGUCGAUGUUUGGCCUCAAGAGAAUCCGGGCGUAUCACAUAAAACAAAACAAAAAAUCUUAAAAAAAAAGAACAUCCAUGAAUAUUACUGUAUUGAUCAGUUCCAGCCUAUGGAUUUACACUUAGAAGCCUUUAAAGUUUAGGUGAUAAGUCAGCGGAAUAUUAGGGAGAAAACUUGUGCAAGAGCAGAGCAGAGCCGCCAGCCGCGUGCUGCCAGCCAGCUUGUGUGUAGCGCGUGUACAAGACGGAGAGUGAGGGCCGCGUGUGGCCGCGACCGUCUGUCUGUUCCGCUGCUUGGGCUUCUCUCAGUGUUAAGACGAGAUCUCUGUUCUUGGUAAGCAAUUGUUGUCUAGCAACACGUAUAAGAUGGAAGCAUUUUCUAGGGGCAACUUUAGGAUUAGGAUAUAACUUUAAUGAAUUAGUCUGCUGAAUGUGAAACUAUUGGUAAGGAGUAAUAAUUGUCUAUACUUUUCAUAAGCAUCCUGAACCAUGUACAGCAGUGUGUCAACAACCGAAGCUUACUAUGUACUUGUAUCUCAACCUUCAGCCAGGCGCUUCACGAUCUGCACAUCAGUUUAUUUUAGUUUCCUUUGAUUGCUUUACUCCAUCACUGUAUCCUAUGCAAAGAGGGAUGGUCCGUUUUUUGUGUACGAGGGAAGUGCAGUCCUCGGGUUGUGACACUUUAUUUUCUCCCCGCCAGGUGUAGUGAUCAGUGUAGUGUAGUUCCUCCCCUCACACCCCCGGAGGCAGCGGGCCUCGUCGCACCUCCAGGCUACUUAUUUUUAACCUAAGUCUCCCAAAGAUCAAUUCAAUUAAUAUUAAGGUUAAUGUAUAUAAUCAGGACUAUCCAGCCAGUUCUCUGAUGUUACCCUGCGACUACGGUCAGGCCAGUGGGAUGUGACCUCGGCAAGCAUAGGUCAGGUCACGCCCCUUCUUGCCACUGCGAUAAAAAAAACUUGAUCAUUUCUUAAACCAACCACCAGAGGGAAGCACAUUACCCGUGACUCCAGCACCGCCACGCCCCGGCCCAGCACGCCCUCCACAUCGAGUCUUGUGUUCGUCGUCCUGUCGGCAGUGUUGAUCUGUUGCGUUUUCUUUACGUCUCCUUUUCCGGCCCCGGCACCAGCGUGGGGCCGCGUGUGGUUCUCUCAUUAAUUGCAUCAACAUUUUCGUGGUUAUACAAAGCGUACAUGAUUUAUGCCCCGCCCUUCCUUCCCAUCAUUUUCAUUAUACUCUAAAUGGAGGAUCAAUUUUGUAAAAGCGUAAAAUCUCGCACGACUCAGCAUCCCCUCCCACCUGUCCGACGCUCUGUACAACUAAGUAAAGUGUUUGAGGUGUUUUAAGUUGCAGGCGAUGUCGCAAAUUUUGUGUCUGUACGUACAUGUAAAAUUUGUCUUCAGUGUGUUGGGUUGUAUUUUGGACAGUUACACAUUUAGUAUUUUUCUUGUAGUGAUCAAUGUCAUCUUUCAUGGGACACCACUUUUUUUAAGGCGUGAGUCAUUCUGUUAGCAUGUUACUGAGCUUCAAAAGAGUACAGGUAAACAGUAAGGUAAUCUGGCGCAUGUAAUAGACAGGGAGGUCGGACAGCAGCUUCAGUUCAGCAGUGUAAUGUUCCUUAGUUAAGCUCUCGUCCUCCCGGUCCAGCAACACUCAGCAGCCGCAGCGCCAUGCCCGCCAGACACCGCCGGGCAGCACUGCGUCGCUGGAGGCACCUGGCGUUUCCUGUACCACCGUGAACUGUUUGGCUUAAAUCUUGGUAAAGGAAAGCAAUCGUAAAAAGUUUCCUCUGGCGAUAGUCACUUGAGGUUCUACAGUCGUGCCUUAGCAUCUAGCUGUUAAAGUACAGAUUUUUUUUUAGUUAUCAGACACAAGCACAAGGAGAGUGUUGAACGGCUUUCCCAUACCACCAAAACGAGAUAUUGAGACUAACACGCCAAAUCGAGCUGGGUAUAUUGCGGGCCCAGGUGUCUAGAGCCAAGAGGACCUGCUUGAGGGCUGCUUGCUAACCCCGCUGGACCCCUCGUCACGGCAACCACUGCUGCAUUCAUGAUUUAAAUUAAGAUUAAAAGUAAAUAUACCAUAAUAUCAGCAGAGCCUCUCUUAUCACCACCUUCAUAUCUUCGAAUUUAAUUAACAAGCAAGUGAGGCUUUGCUUCUAUAAAAAUAAUAUAAUCUGGUGAACUAUCAUUUUCAAGCAUACUUUUUUCUUUCUCUCCGGAGAAGUAGGUGUCGUGGUAGAUGAGUUUUUCCGUCGAUGGGGCGUCCAGACUUCAGUGAGACAUGUUUUGGCUUCGGCCCGGUUUCAUCAGUGACAUAACAUAUAAUUUAUCCUUCCAAUGUCCUGUAGGCUACGAUUCAGCUUAAAUUGGUCAUUAUAUUUUCCUUUGUAUCUGAGAGGGUAUCUUUUUAUAUAACUUUGUAUAUAUUUGUAUAUGAUGCUGAAAUAAAUGGGUGCAACUUAA